UAAUAAGCUGCAAUAGAGCCUAGGUCCCUUGCCUUUGCAAUGCUAAGCUUGUCUCAAGGGCAAAUCCACGUCGCUGAUUGCUGAAAUAUUUCUCCAACAGGAGAGGAAUCAUACAACAGCUCCAGAGAAAGACGUCUAGCACAUAUUUACUGAGGCUCAAUGAGCUAAAAUCAUCCGUAAGAGACAGCCAAGGGAAGGACGUGCGUUUUUGGACUGGCGGCGACCAGGAAUGGUGGAUCGCUUGCUGGUGGAAGAACAAACGUUCCUGCCUUACAGUUGCACUGUGCCAGCCCACCAUCACUCGGACAUGGUGACAGACGAGGGCGUUUACCACGUGCUGCCCUCUCCGUUUUCUGAGGAUGAGCUGAGUGACUCGUCCAGCUCACGCUCCUGCUCCAGCCCCGAGUCGCACGUGCUCGGCUCCAGUUGCAGCAGCUCUGGCGGCGAGAGCCAAGAUGGCCUCCUGGACUUCUUCCUGUCACAGGCUUCCCUGAGUCAGUCGUCUCCUCCCCAGAGCUCAGCUCCGGCCAUGGUUCCUCCUGUCCUCCCCAUGGGUCUGGCCUGGGAGUCUCGGAGGGAUCGGGCCAUCGCCAAAGAGGAAUGCUUUGAGUUUCCCAUAUUUCCUGGAGACCUGGAGGAGCAUGCAGGGCUGCUGUUUCAGCCUACACUGGAGGAGAUUGAGGAGUUUCUAGAGGAGAAUAUGGAGGUGGUAGCCUUAAAUGAGGAAGUCAGCAAUGGGGCCCUGACUAGUAUGAGUGAACAGGUGUCUUCACCAGAACCACAGACACAAAGCCCAGACCAAACAGUGCCCAUCUCCAGUGUGUCCUGCACAGCUGCCACUGAGCCCGAGGGCAUGCAGGGUUUGCCAAGCCCCUCUGGAGCCACUCACACUGGGCUGAAGAAUGAGGACUCCAGUGGGAAGGCAUCACCGGUGGAGAGCUCAGGGUUGCCAGUUGUCCUGCAGAUCCAGCCCAUUCAGAUCAAACAGGAGCCCAGCGCCAACUCCCCACCCGCCGUGCAGCCGGCGCCGCCCGCUUCUGACAUCAAAAUCGCCCAGCUGCUCGUCAACAUCCAGGGGCAGACGUUCACGCUGGUGCCCCACAUGAUGCCGCCGGCUAGCCUCAGCAGCCCCUCCUCCAAGUUUGUCCGGAUCGCUCCUGUGCCAAUCGCGGCCAAGCCUGCCGUGCUCGGAGAGAACGCAUCUGGCAGCCUGCAGGGAGGAGGCCUCUUGGUUGGAGGUCAGAAAUUCCAGAAAAGUUCCGUAGCUGAUCUCAUUAAAAUGCACAAGUGCACUUUUCCGGGAUGUACCAAGAUGUACACCAAGAGCAGCCAUUUGAAGGCCCACCUGAGAAGACACACGGGGGAGAAACCAUUCGCCUGCACCUGGCCAGGCUGCGGCUGGAGGUUCUCCCGCUCAGACGAGCUGUCACGCCACCGCCGUUCUCACUCCGGAGUAAAGCCAUACCAGUGUCCUGUCUGUGAGAAGAAAUUUGCCCGCAGUGAUCACCUGUCCAAACACAUCAAAGUCCAUCGUUUUCCACGAAACAGCAGAACAGCACGCUCCUCCCACUGACCCCACAUAACCCCCAGCAGAGAGCGAGAGAGGGAGAGAAUACACGCCGAGUGGUAUAAGUACAGUAUAAGAGAGUGAAUAUGUAAGAGAGUGACCAAGUGAGAAAUUACAGAGACAACAAAACAGUAGAUACAAACAGGAAGUAGAGUAUGAGAGUUGUGUGAACUAGUGAAAAAGCUCGUGUGCACAAGAGUGCAACAAAAGGAAAUUCUCAAUUGUGGUACUGUGAUAAUUUAUUGGGUGAAGAGGAGAAUGAGCUAAACCUGUUACUUGACCCAGCGUCUUCAGUGAUGUCCUCGACCUUUUGUAGAGUGUAUUUUUGUAGGUUAUUUUGUGAUAGUUUUUUAUUCACAUUUUAUGAACAAAUGGUGCAUUAUAUUUUAUGCAAAGUAUUUUUUGUACUUUAAGGUGUGAACUAUUGUUGAUAUCUAAUGCAUCAACAUUCCUUAGCUAUUAAUAUUAUUAUAAUGUGUUCUUCUGUUGUCAAGGUGAGUCUAAGAAAGGUUUGUCAAAACCAAAAACCUGGGGUUCGUAUGAACUACAGAGGAUAACGGUCAGGACCGUGCUGUUCUAAGCUAUUAGCAAACAUGGAACUAUUUCAUCCAUCUUUGUUGCUUGUAAACUGUGAUAAGCUUCAGAAAUAAGGGGAGGUAAACAGGGCUGGAAAGGAAAUAUGACACAGCACAGAGUCAUAUACAGUGAAAGGAGAUGACACAGCACAGAGUCAUAUACAGUGAAAGGAGAUGAUAGAGUCAUAUACAGUGAAAGGAGAUGACAGCAGUCAUAUACAGUGAAAGGAGAUGACAGAGCACAGAGUCAUAUACAGUGAAAGGAGAUGAUAGAGUCAUAUACAGUGAAAGGAGAUGACAGCAGUCAUAUACAGUGAAAGGAGAUGACAGAGCACAGAGUCAUAUACAGUGAAAGGAGAUGACACAGCACAGAGUCAUAUACAGUGAAAGGAGAUGAUAGAGUCAUAUACAGUGAAAGGAGAUGACAGCAGUCAUAUACAGUGAAAGGAGAUGACAGAGCACAGAGUCAUAUACAGUGAAAGGAGAUGACAGAGCACAGAGUCAGAUACAGUGAAAGGAGAUGAUAGAGCCAUAUUCAGUGAAAGGAGAUGACAGAGCACAGAGUCAGAUACAGUGAAAGGCAAACAUGCACAGUCAUCAUUUGUCUGGUGGUAAAUAUGUGAACUGACUUGCUUUAUCACCAGUGUUGAAGUUUUAUUUUUAACAAUAGUUCAGUUUUCACAGCUGUUUAUUUUCUUUGUGUGUGUAUUUCACCUGAAAACAAAGCUAUAAGAAAUCUAAAUGUGACAAAUUGAGAUCUGUUGAGUCUUUCUGUCAGGUACAUGUUGCUGGACAGUUCAGAUGAUAUAAAGUGUUGCAGAACAUUUGUAGUAGGAAAAUGGUGUUUGUCUUGUUCAAAAAGAAAUGGACGAGGCAGCAGUCUGCUUGGCCAAUCUCAUUAUCCUCUUUAUAGUGAAAGCCUAUGCAUUGUUAAUCACUGCUUACGUAAGUGUCUGAGCAUCCUUGCACUUGGAAAUAUUCACUGUCCAUGAUAGAAAAAUGUUUGUUCGCCCCACCAACACUCACCGCAGUAUUAAAGAAGAUACUGGAAUGCUGACUCACCCGUGAAGUGGGAAUGUCAUAGUCAUACUGUGAUGUGUCGUGGUGACAAACACGGACAGCAGCAACAGCAAGUGUAAAGUGCUACUCUGUUCAGACUGGAAACUCCAUAAUCGAGCAGUGGAGCUCUGUGCCCUUGACAAAUGUAGUUUGGGACACACCUGGAGAGUUCAGCCAAAGCAUAAUGGGAACUCCAUUCAUGGUCACAGCUGGACUAAUGAUAUGAUAUGCUGAGUGUAUUGGCGUAUGGGGAAUGUGUGGAAUGACCAGUGGAUGCUGCUGACAUGUUUUCUUUGAACACACCCAUGUUUCACACAGACUUACAGUUGCAGCUUGAGGAAACAUUCUGUGGAAAAUAUUACAGCCGCUUUGGAAAUGUUGCCUGUUUGCCAAAAUAAACCCCAAGACAGAACCAGAGUUUCAAUUAAGGGUUCACCAGACAAUUGGUGUUUGUUCUGUGCAAAUCUGUGCACUAGUGCUAGCCACUAAGCUUUUAUAACAAAUGAUAUAUAGCAGGAAAUCUGUCAUGUAGACAGCUGGAGGGAGGCACCAUACCUGUGUGUCUGCCACCAUCUGGUCACAACCUGUCAGGAGCAGAUACACAAGCUCACGUCCUGCAAAAAGGGAUCAUAGAGAGCCAAGCAAAACAAAUAACUGAUGAGUGUGGUGAGGUGUGGUCCUGCCAUCAUGACAUGUAGGCAGACAGGACCUCCCGAGACAGGACUGCUGUCUGUGCUGACUCCAGACUCCCGUCCCGUUGUGUGCUAACUGUGAGGUCUGACUUUAUGUAUGUGGGAGGAUGAUGAAUGUUUAAGCUUCUAAACCACAGCUGACCUCCCCCCAAAAAACCCAGCAGAUGAAAAUGUUCCUUUUUUGAAAUAGCUCAGUUAGAGCUUCAUCUCGACCAUCAGCCUCCUCAUUUCCGCUUUGUUCCUGAUAGGCGAUGAACUGUAGGCAAUGCCCUGACGCAGACGCAUUCCUCAUCCCCAUGAAAUGAUAUCUUAAUAUCAUCAUUUGUGGCCACCAAUGAAUGUAUGGAAAUAUACAGACACUGUACAUAAUGGAUUUUCAUCAGAAAAGGGACAGGUAUCAUUCUGUACAUUUCCCCAUAUACAAUGUAAAAAUAGUGUACAUAAUAGCAAUUUAAUAUGUAUAUUAUAUUUUUUUCUCUCUCUUUUUCUCUUGUUCUU